AUGCAGGAGCUCGUAUGCGGUUGUGCGGGCGUACCAACAAAGGAGAAUAGUAGGUCAACCAGGUGUGGUUGCGAUGCAAAGAUUCGUCUCUUGCGUUCUGCUGACAAUGGAUGGUAUAUCAGUGAGCACCACAGCGAGCAUAACCACCCUCUGUCUAUUACAUGCGGGCAGAAGCUACAUUGGAAGUCGCACAGGUACAUUGAUAUACACUCUAGAGACUUGGUGAAGCAGUUACGAGAAAACAAUGUAAGCCUAAGCAAGUAUACAGUAUUGUUGGAAGCUACUUCGGUACGUUGGAAAAUGUACCCUUCACCAAAAGAUCAUUGA